UUUGGGGAGUCAUUUCAAUAUAAUAUGUGAAACAAAAAAUAGUCAACAUUUUCUGACAAUGGAGACAAUGAAUGCAGAUAUUGGUGACUCAAAGGCGAUCUUCAAUGCAUUACACUCACGGGUAGAAAAUUCACCAGUUUAUUCUACUUUUUAUCGUGUUUUGUACAACCUAUAUCUGAUAGAGAAUAGUCAGUCUGACAGUGGCCAAAUUUGGUACUCCAUCGAAAAAAUUGUAAAGGAAGUUACAAAAGCAGAAUGCAAUGAAGAUCCACAAUCUCUUGUUGGAGAAACCCACCCACUUCCUAUCCAUACUCUGGAGAGCAAGGAAACUCAGACAAGUUGGGAUACCAACACCUUUCCAAAUCUUUGUAGUGAAGGCGAUGAAAAUACACUGAAGGAUGCGUUGAAUGAAAACUCGGAAUCUGGUGGCGUAAUGACAGAACUAGCUCCAGCACCCCCUCUGCCACCUCCGCCACCUCCACCUUCUGCGCCACCUCGUGUCCCUGAAACGCCUCUUGCACCCCCAAUACCUAUACCAGAACCAAAGUGCAGAGUUAAACACAUAAUGUGGAAUAAAAUAUCAAACGUUCCUUCCGAAAAAAAGAACAUUUGGAGGGAUAUCCUUGAAAUGCCAGACAAAAUUGAAGUUGAAUAUGCUGAUUUGGAGAAUUUUUUUGCCAACAACGAAAACGAGAAUGCAUCUCCCAGGACAGAAUGCAAGAGUAAAGUACCACCUUUGAAUCAGAAUAGAAAACUAAAUGUAGAGAUCUUUUUGAAAAACUGCGGAAGACCGAUAAAAGAUAUUAUUCAACUUCUGCAGUAUGGAGACUACGAAAAGUUUGAAGUUGAAAAGUUAAAAAGACUGAAAGAAGUUCUUCCACAACGUGACGAGAUUGAAUUUUUUCAGAAUUUUGAAGGAAAUGCUGAAAACCUUGAAGACGCCGAAAAGUUUCUCUUUUACAUGACACAUCUUCCAAACCAUGAAUUUCGAACUGAGGUUCUUAUUCUGAAGGCUGAUUUUAACGCACAACUCAAAACAAUAAGUUCACAGUCUGAAUUUUUUCUAAAGACUUGUGAUCUAAUAUGUGAGGAUCAGUCACUGAAGAUUUUUCUCCGAUACGUUUUACACACAGGAAAUUUCUUGAACAAAGGAAGUAAAUUUGGUAAUGCACGGGGAAUUCGUAUACCUUCUCUCAAGAUCCUAAUGGACACCAAGUCAAGUAGUACCUGCAAAAUGUCUUUCCUCCAUUACUUGGUGGAGACAUCGGAACAAGGGGAUCCAGGUGCCUUGAAGUUUGUAGAAACCUUGCAGGAGCCUCUAGAGAACGCGUCAAGAUUUCCGAUGAAUGGUAUAACUGAUGAAUUUAAUCAGCUUAGGAAGAUGGUUAAGAGACUUAAACAAAAAUGUGAACAAACGGAAGAUGAAGUGAAAACACAGUUUACCGAUUUUUUAAAGAAAGCUGAUACUCAAAUGAAUGAGGCAGAUGACAUUAAAGAGAGAAUGCAUAAACAGUCUACACGUCUAGCCCAAUAUUUUUGCGAAGAUGAAAAGAACUUCAACCCAGAUGAUUUUCUGGUUGCUUUCAAGGAAUUCUGCAAGAAUAUCAGAACCUGCCAACGGGAUAUCCAACAGAGGAGAGCUGUAGAAGAUAUGACCAAAAGACGUAGAGGUUCUUGGAAUCCCUGUACCAAAUCCCAGGACAAGGAUGUGAGGGAAAGAGCAUCUACCUUGCAUUAACAGACAGAUACAAUGACAAAAUGUGAAAAAAGGAAAGUUACAUAUAAUUUAUUAACAAACAAACUUAGACGUACAAAUGUGAAGCCAAAUAUUUUUUUCCAUUUGAGCCUUUAAGGUACUUC